GUUUUUUCUGCGAAUUCACCGAGAAAAGUACAAGUGAGCAAUCUAAUAGGGUAUGGCCCAUGCUAUCAACUACUCCAUUUCGUAUCUUAUUGGGCGAGUAGCUUCCUCUUUUAAUUUUUCAUUAAUUGCCCCAAAAAAAAAAAAAAAAAACAAAUUGCGAACGAACCAUGAAUGAAAAAAGUACAGAGCCAAGAGCAGGACCACCGACUGCCCUAGACCUCCACAUCCUUGACCCUUCGCUUUCACCCACGUUAUUCAUACACACACAGUACACUCAAUUAUUAAUAUUAUAAUUGUGACCCCAACAAAAUUAAGCAUGAAGAGAACGUGGUGUUUUAAAACCAUACCCUCUUUAUACAUUUCAAUAUCAGCUCUUAUUAAGUAUUGUCCUCCCAUCCAUCUUCAUCUUCAUCUUCAUCUUCAUCUUCAUCUUCCUCUUCCUCUUCCUUCUGCACUUCACAUUUUUCUUAAUUAUCACUCAUGGCUGGAGUUUUCCUCCUCCGGAUCGACGCCCAACCAAACAUUAAUCUCCUCGCCGGCACCCCUAGAUCAAAUCUCCACCGUCCGUCUCGUUUCAAACCCUGCAGGAUGGUGGCCAUGCCCCAUCAUGACCACUCUUACUGGGCCUCCUUAAAUGAAGAAAUUGAAGCCCAUCUCCAGCAGGCCAUCCCGGUUCGCUCCCCCACCGUCGUGUUCGAGCCCAUGCGCCACUUGGUCUUCGCGGCACCGAGGAGCAUGGCCCCCGCGUUGUGUAUCGCAGCCUGUGAGGCGGUCGGCGGCCGGCGGGAGGAUGCCGUGGCCGCAGCCUCCGCGCUGCACCUCGUCCACGCGGCCUCGUUCACCCAUGAGCACCUUUCCUUGACAGAUAGACCCAAGCCUAGGCCCAUGAUCCGUCACGCCUACGACCCGAAUAUUGAGCUUCUCACGGGGGAUGGAAUAGCGCCAUUUGGGUACGAGUUAUUAGCAAGAUUGGAUAACCCGAGCCGGUGUAGUUCGGAUCAGAUAUUGCGCGUGAUCAUUGAGAUCUCACGUGCUGCUGGCUCACGCGGAGUUGUUAACGGACGAUACCGAGAAAUGCAACUGGAUGAUUCGUCCUCGUCGAGGGAUGACGAGUGGAUUGAUGAGGUGUGCAAGAAGAAGGAAGGUGAGAUAUAUGCAUGUGGGGGUGCGUGUGGGGCUAUUGUAGGGGGUGGGAGCGAGGAAGAGAUAGAGAAGUUGAGAAGAUACGGUCUGUACGUGGGGAUGAUACGAGGAAUUCUGAACAGAAACAGAAGAAAGGAAGAGCGCAUAAUUGAAGUGGUGGUAGGCUUGAGAGAUUUGGCUCUUCAGGAGUUGACCGGCUUCAAUGGAAAUAACGUGGCGGCAAUUUCUAGCCUUGUUGGGCCCAAGUUUUGUGACGUUUAGGGCCCAUUAUAUGGAUAUGGGCUUUUCAGAGGAGAAAAUUCGUACGUUUGAUGGGCCCACAAUUAUGAAACAUGUAAACUAUUGAUAAAAGCUAAUUGAGGCAUGAGCACGUGUGUCACACGUGCAUUAUAAUUUUCAGUAUUACUUUACUAUGGAUAAUUAUGAAUAGAAAUGUAUAUGAAAAAAUACUUGUUGUAAAAAAUAUUUUAGAUAAAUAUUUUUAUAAAAA